CGUUCACAUUCGGACACAAAUUUAGUUGAAAAAAAAAAAACACAAAAAAAUGUCUACUGAAAACGUUGAACAGCCAGAAUCGGUCAAAUCCCAAGAAAAUGCAUUCGAAGUAGAAUCCACAAAAAUUGAAAACGACCAAUCGGUAUCGGAAAAGGCGGACUCCAAUGCUGGACUAUCGGCGUCGGAAGCGCUCCAGGAGGAAACAUCGAGUGGGGCGCAGCAAAUGGAAUCUGUACAGUUAGAGGAAGGAACAGAAAAUGAAGAGCAAGAAGAGCCUUUGGAGGAAUUCGCUUCCAAAAGCCAACAGGUAUCAGUAAAAGGUGACCGACUUGUAGAGCUCGGCGAAUCAGCGAGUGUGUCGCUAGUAGGUGUUCCGCCGGCUGAGGAGAUAGAAGAAGAACCCCCGGCGGAAGUUGAACCUCCUUUCAAAAAGAAUCGUCGCAUACAGGUGCCUUCGGCAGAUACGACACGAGGGAUUUAUAGUAUAGAACCAUCCCCUAAAAAACCUCCUAAGCGAAAGUUCCAUGAUCCAACACCACAGAAGAUCGGUGUUCUGGUGGGGAUAUCGUGUAAACGACUUUCAAAAAUUACAGGCAUGGAAGCAGUACAAUUGGAAAUGCUGAAACACUUUUCGGUAGUGUUUUUGUUCAGUCGAUUCCAGAAUCCACACAAGUGGGACGCCUUCACGUUCAAAGAAAUUCGUUCUCUGGGCGAUGCAACUGAUAACAAUCUGGUCAUGGACAAGUUUCCAAUCACUUACAUGGAUCUGAUUUACGAAAUGACCCUCACGGAUACGAUCGUCAAGGGUCGCAUCAAUUCCAAGGAUGCUGCGCCACCGAAUUUCAAAAAUGCGCUCAUUGACCAGCUGGCCAAAAACAGUGGUUUGGUGAUCAAAUGUGAAAAUCACUAUAUGCUAGCCUGGAAGGUUCAGGACGGUUACUAUUUGUAUGAUCCAUGUUUGAAUGAAGUUUCACAGUUGCUAUUUUUCAAUAGUCUAAUAUUGAUGAAAAAGUUUAUUGUACACACCAAAGAGCUGAAGGAUCGCUCCAAAUUUCAUUUGUCGAAGAUUUUCUGGAGUGCAGUAGAUGAUGGCCAUAUUCGUACACUUAAACGGAAAUCAAAUAAGCCAACGCAGUUUGUAAUGCGUAACUCAAGUGAAGCUUUGUUGAUGGGAGAUCGAUACCUCAAGGAGUCAGGCUAUAAGUUGGAAUCGCUGAGGAUUUGUUUGAACGCCAUCGAAUUAGCUCAAUCUUUGGAUACUAUAUCCUGGAACGCAGCAAAUUUGAGCAAACUCUUCGAUGGGGAUAUGUCCGACAAGUCUAUCAAUAAGGUCGGUAUAUUUUUAUGUGAAGAAGGCCCUGAGGAAAGCUAUCUUCUGGAAAAAGUACGACUGAUCCGCUUAGAAGUUGCUUUUGGCUCUUCAGAACGGGAGGAAUUAGAAAAAUUGUUGAAUAGAGUCCUGGCUAUCCGCAUGGCUGUGAUAGUCAAAAUAGAAGAAUACUAUUUCGCUCUCUGGAGCCACCAGAAAAUCGUUUAUUGGUUUUCACCAUUCCGCUUUGACGCUCUCGGUAUGGAUCCAGAUGAUCUUGACGACAAAGGCUGUUUUCUGUACGCGUUCAACACUCUGCAGCAGAUGUCCAGAAUUAUGUUUGAAUAUCUCAUCGAACUAGGAUUGUUCCCGCGGCACCAAAUUCGACUGUUCACCGUGGACGACGAACCGUUUGGAGUUUCCCCCAGACUUCCUCUGGUCGAUAGUACGGAUUCGUUGAACAGAAGUGAACUGGAGAUACAUUUGACCAAAUCUACGCGUCCUCGAGUUCUGAUUUCCUAUGAAGAUCUACCGCCGUUGACUCUUUCGGAAGCAAAACUCUGUCGCCUCAUUAUGGCUGAAGUUGUGGAUCAAGCCGAAACUGGUUGCGAUUAGAUAUAAAAGUGUUAUUCCCAAAUUGUAUAAAUAGUCAAUAAAUGAUCCGU